ACAACCAAUUGGAUAAAUUCUUUUGAAUCAUAUGAAAUUUUGUAUGUACAAGAUAUUCGCAGUCUAGGUUCAAUUUAUUUUACAACACUAUCAAAAUUCUGUAAUCUAUCACUAGAAACAAUUAAUAAUGCGUUAUUCAGUUUUAAUUCAACUAAAUAUGUGACAAGAAAUGUUCAACAACUUGAUCUUUUUCAAUCUCAAACAGAAAAAAUUAUCGGUGAUCUAAAAAAAUCUACUAUCAACUCGUUUCUGCAAUUAUUAUCGAUAUAUAAAUAUACUUUCAUCGGUAAUGCACUUUUUUCAGGAUAUUUAUCCAGUUAUGGCUAUACUACUGUCACUGACAAUUCAUCAAAUUCAUUAAACCAAGUUUUCUUUCCCUAUCUUUAUAGUCCUGAUGAAAAUGAUAGUAGUAUCUUUUGUUCCUGUAAAACAUCUCCAUUGACAUGCGGUCAAUCCACAGUUAUUUAUGAAACAUCAGGAAAUAAUUUGUUUAUUGUACCUGGUGUUCGCGUCGGUUGUUUUCUAACAGAAUCGCUAUUGCAAUCGACAUUGGAGUGUUUCUUUGAUGAACGGUGUUUAGAUAAAGUACAGAAUUUUACAGUCUCGACUUCGAAAUUUCCAUUCACUACAACAGCUUUGAAAUACAAUUCGACAAACACACAAUACAACACAAAUACCAGCAUUGGAGAUAUUGUGGAUAACUUAAUGAUUGAACAAUGGAAUAAUAAAACAUCUUUUAUAUCUUAUUUUGAGCAGUGUAAUUCACAAUCAUGUACAUAUAGUUACACAAGACAAGGUGAUCUUCGUUAUAUACUCACAACAAUUAUUGGAUUGAUUGCUGGAUUGAUAACUAUAUUACGAAUUCUUAUACCACCACUUGUUUCUUUUGUUAGACGAAAAAAGAAACCACUUACAUCGCCCAUUAAUAUAUGGUUAUCAAUUGAUUAUCCAGCUUCAAUGUUCGAUGAAUAUGAUUAUCCUACAUUUCGUACUAAACCUGAUGAUUUUCGAAAUAUGGCAAGUCCAUUCUUUCAGUUUAUCAGUUCAUCUUGUCAAUUAUCACUACAAGCAAUCGCCACUCAAUUACUCGCAUUUUAUUCGACAACAUUGAUUACUCCAAAGUUGAUUAGUGCGGAACAAUUUCAAAUUCAAAUUAAUCAGCUUGUUUCAGGAUUUACUCAAAAUACUGCCCAAGUAUUUCUCAGUUCAUUAUUACUAGUCAAUAAUAUGACACGAGCUAAUAUGUUAAUAUCAGCACUGUCGAGCGAUUCAAUAUUAACUCUUUAUCCAGAUUAUUAUUAUAGGGUUUAUUACGAUUACGAAUAUGUUUAUGAUAAUACAGAUCAAGUAUAUAAUGCAACAUUGUCUGGAACUAAAUGUGAUUGUCAGUAUUCAUCUUGGUGUAAACAACAAGCGAUAGUCUAUGACAUAGAUGCAAUAACAUACUCUUUUGUUAUACCAGGCAUAUUCGUUGGUUGUUACGUCGUUGAGACUGUAUUACAAAGUGAUCUACAAUGUUUCUAUAAUUUUGACUGUCUACAAGAAUUAAGUGAUAAGUUAAUGAUAAAUAUAAAUGAAUCUGAUGUUCUUUCAUUAAACUCAUCACAUUAUCAAAUGAAUACGUCAAUGUUAGAGAUUAUUUCAAACUUAAUGGUUGAAGAAUGGAAUAAUCGAACAUCCUACAGCAUAUAUUUUAAUCGAUGUCAACCAAAAAGCUGUACAGCAACUUAUAUUGGUCGUGGUGAUAUUGCGUAUAUUGUCACAACAAUGAUUACUCUCAUCGGUGGCCUAACACAACUAUACAAAUUUCUGGUACCAAUAAUUGUCAGCGUAUUUAUGAAGAUAAUCAUUCCAUUUAUUACACAGAAAUUCAAUCAAAAUAAUAUUAUUCCAGUAAUAGAAACUAUUCCUUCUACAAGCAUUCCCAUUUAA